CAAAGUCGACUCUCUUCCCAGGUCAAACACACAAGCUGGGAAUGCAGCUUUGGCUUUAUUGGUUUAGUUUUUCCUUAUUUCGUGCAUCGAUACUAUCACACACAUAUUGUAAAUGGGUGUGAGGUUUAUCCCGCAGUAAGUAGUGAAAGCUGCUUCCAGCUGAUCUGCAGCUCUACGGUUAAUUUAUUUAACCGUGUUCAUACUCGACGGUCAGCCGUGCAGCUGUGCUGCGUGUUCCCUUUAAGAGGAGCAGCGACCUGGACCUUUUAUCGCUGAGGAAGUGUGGAUUGUGUGUACACACAGGAAGAGCGCCGACCGAGUGGACCCGGAGUGGACAGGCAGCGUUUAUGGACGUGAAGCGACCGUCCGGCUUUGACAGCCACCCACGGAUUUUGCAGACAGCAGCAGCAGCUGCUACCGUUGCCGUUCUGCAGACGGCGGAGUGCGGAUUAACUGCGAGAGGAAGGCGUGGAGUGGAGGAACAGUGAACAAGACGGAGACAUCGAUCAGUUUCCCACCCUUCAGCCGUAACAACAAAAGACGAAGGAAGGCCCGGAGGCAGUGUCUUUCACUCUUUCACUAGUCCUCUCUCUCUCUCUCUCUCUCUCUCUCUCUCUCUCUCUCUCUCUCUCUCUCUCUCUCUCUCUCUCUCCUGUUCUCUCAUUCCUUAGUCCUCCAUACCUUGUGACCAGUCUCUCACCUGCUCCUCUGCUGCUGGUGGGCAGGUCGUGGGCAGUGCCAUGGCCUGGGCGUGACCCCGUGUGACCCUUCCCCUCCCCUACCCCACCCCACCAUGAAGCUAAAGCAGCGCGUGGUGGUGCUCUGCGGUGUUCUUCUGCUGCUGGGCCUGGCCAAGGUCUUCCUGCUGGAUGGCGGCGAGGGUUCAGCUGCCAGCCGCCGUGACCUGCGUGCUUUCCGCAAGAUGGAGGCCAGCCUGCUGCUGGCCAAAGGCGCGCGCCUCACGCACACUCUGCAGUCGCCAUGGGAGGUCGCUGCCCAGUGGGUGGGGCCACGUGAGGUCUACCCGGAUGACACACCUGAGCUGGCUGCCGUGCUCAACGCCCUGGCCAGCGCCCGCGUGGAGAGGGCUGACGUCGGCUACAAGGGCACUCAGCUCAAAGCGCUGCUGGUGCUGGAUGGAGGGCAGAAGGUGGUGUUUAAGCCCAAGAGGUACAACAGGGAUUAUGUGGUCGAGGGAGAGCCAUAUGCAGGGUACGAUAGGCAUAAUGCAGAGAUCGCUGCUUUUCACCUAGACAGGAUUCUAGGGUUUAGGAGAGCGCCUCUAGUGGUGGGACGCUUCGUGAACCUGCGCACAGAGAUAAAACCUGUGGCUACGGACCAGCUACUGAGCACAUUCCUCAUGCACGGGAAUAAUACGUGUUUCUAUGGGAAGUGUUAUUACUGCAGGGAGAGCGAGCCCGCGUGUGCCGAGGGGGACGUCAUGGAGGGCUCAGUGACUCUCUGGCUGCCUGACGUCUGGCCACUGCAAAAACACAGACAUCCCUGGGGACGCACCUACAGAGAGGGCAAACUCGCCAGGUGGGAGUAUGAUGAGAGUUACUGUGAGGCAGUGAAGAAGAUGCCUCCGUACGACGCUGGUCCACGCCUUUUGGAUGUUAUUGACACGGCCAUUUUUGAUUACCUCAUUGGCAAUGCAGAUCGGCAUCACUACGAGAGUUUCCAAGACGACGGUGGAGCCAGUAUGCUCAUUCUUCUGGACAAUGCUAAAAGUUUUGGGAACCCAGCUUUAGAUGAAAGAAGCAUUCUGGCUCCUCUCUAUCAGUGCUGCAUGGUCCGCGUGUCCACCUGGAAUAGGCUGAACCUGCUGAAAGGCGGAGCAUUAAGUUCAACGAUGCGUCAGGCCACGGCCCAUGACCCCGCCUACCCUGUGCUGACCGAGCCUCACCUUGCUGCUUUGGACCGGCGCCUCAACGGCGUCCUGGCGACUGUGCGGCAGUGCAUGGAGCUGCAGGGGGCCGAGAGCACGCUCAUCGAAGACCGCAUGAACCUGCCUCAUCCCUGAGGAUGCCAGUACGAGAGAGAGAGAAAUAGAGAGAAGAUAAAGAUGCCAUUCGGGAGAAAGAUGCUGCUGAUAGACGCGUUCGCUCUCUUUGACAGUCUGACUUCCUGCUCUGACUGUGUUGCAAGGAGACCAUAAGAAGCUGCAGGAAGUGACCUCAACGUGUGCACGACGUUGUUUGUUUUCUCACAGGAUUGUUUUCGACACAGACCCCGGCUCCUCUGAGCCACAAACAGGAAAUGUCUUUUUCUCACAUGCAUUACACAUUUACGCCUGUCUAAUCUUCUCUCUGUCCGUUUUUCUUUUUCUCCUAAUGUCGCAGCCGCUGGCGGGGGGACACAGCGGAAUGACGCCGACUCCUAGGCUUACCAGUAUUUUUACUUGCCCUUAUAUUCUUUCUUUCUAUGAAUUUCGGUCUGUCUCUGUGGGAGGAUGCAGAGAGGGGGCUGGUGCCAAGUUCAAAAGAGGCCUCUUACAGUUACCAAGACUGACUGACUGAGUACUGAGCUCCAGGCGGGGCAUUCCAUGCCGUCUGUGGGGGGUGUUCGUAGACCCUGGGCUGCCCCUGUGCGCCGUGUCGAGGGCUGCACCAAGUAUCGUCACUGAUGUCACAGAUGAAAGCAUUAAUAGACUGCCUGAGGAUGACCCAUCUAUUCCUCCUGCCACAAACAGAUUGUACAUACUCAACUAACUAUUUAAUAAUGAUGUUGAUAAACCGUGAAAUAAUGUUAUUGAUUUUAAGGAUUAUAAUACUGAGAUUAAUGACGCAGGUUUGCCUGCUUUAAAAUAUGCGGUAUGAAUGCGGGACUGGAUAGCAGCGGAUGGUGGAGGUGGAGGUAAUUGCUACUGAUGUUCAGAGAAACGGGCAGAAUGACAGCACUGGAAAGCUGUAUGAGGGCCUUUUCAACAUUAAAGAAAGAAAAACAACAAAACA